AUCUCUCCACUUUUUGUCUCUCUGCAAAUUAAACUCCACCUCUAGGGUUUAAGGUUUAAGCCUCUCACACAUUUCCACUCUCGGUGUUUCACCUAAAACCCUCACACGCGCCAUGUCACUCUAUGGCAUCCUCCUCCGCUCUCUCCGCCGUUCGUCCGCCGCCGUCAGACCUCAAAUCACGCCAUCCGUUUACCCUCACCCAACACCACAACCACCACCUCCUCAAAACCCUAACUUCCUUCUCCCUCAGCGAUCAUACGCAUUUUCCUCAGCCGAAGAAGCCGCCGCUGAACGCCGCCGUCGCAAGCGCCGCCUCCGUAUUGAACCGCCAAUCAACGCCCUCCGUCGUGAUCCACUCCCGAGGGGACCGCCUUCACCCGACGACCCUCGUUCCCGUCUCCCUGAUACCACGUCAGCAUUGACCGGCCACCGGCUUAACCUUCACAAUCGUGUUCAGUCUCUCAUCCGCGCCGGGGAUUUGGAAUCCGCAGCCGCUGUUGCUCGUCACGCCGUUUUCUCAAAUACACGGCCGACUGUAUUCACGUGUAAUGCUAUCAUCGGUGCUAUGUAUCGCGCCGGCCGAUACAGUGAUGCUAAGGCUUUGUUUCAGUACUUUUUCAAUCAGUAUAAUAUUAUUCCUAACGUUGUUUCGUACAAUCAUCUCAUUGUGUCACAUUGUGAAGCUGGUGAAGUUGAUGAAGGCUUAAAAGUAUACAGUCAUAUUCUUGAAAAUGCACCUUUUAGUCCAUCUGCUGUGACAUAUCGUCAUCUUACUAAAGGAUUAAUUGAUUCGGACCGUAUAGCUGAAGCUGUAGAUUUGCUUAGGGAAAUGCUUAAUAAAGGACACGGUGCAGAUUCUCUAGUUUAUAACAAUUUAAUAUUAGGGUUCCUGAAUUUGGAUAAUUUAGAGAAAGCUAAUGAGCUGUUUGACGAGUUGAAAGAGAGGUGUACUGUUUAUGAUGGGGUGGUGAAUGCUACUUUUAUGGACUGGUUUUUCAAGCAGGGGAAGGUAAAAGAGGCGAUGGAAUCGUAUCGAUCCCUUCUUGAUAAAAAGUAUAGGAUGGUUCCUGCGACUUGUAAUGUGCUGUUGGAGGUGUUGUUGAGGCAUGGGAGGGAAACGGAGGCGUGGACUUUGUUUGAUGCCAUGUUGGAUGAUCACACACCACCAACGUUCCAGGCUGUGAAUUCAGACACUUUUAAUUUAAUGGUGAAUGAGUGUUUUAGGUUAGGGAAGGUUUCAGAGGCCUUGGAGACCUUCAAGAAGGUGGGGAAGGGUCUCAAGACCAGACCUUUUGCAAUGGACGUUGCGGGUUACAAUAAUAUGAUAACGAGACUUUCUGACCUAGAAAUGAUGGAGGAAGCAGAAAAAUAUUAUAUGGAGUUGUGUAACAAGUCAUUGAGCCCAGAUGUCACAACUUAUAGGACAAUGAUUGAGGCAUAUGUGAAGAUGGAGAAUGUUGAGGGCACGUUGGAGAAAUACACGAAGAUGGUGGAAGCAGGGCUGAGAGUCAUUCCAAUCUAUGCUGAAAAAUGGUUUAAUUUCUUGAUUGAGAAAGGCAAGGUGGCGGAGUGCGUCCCUAUUCUGACCAAGAUGGGUGAGAGAGAACCAAAGCCUGAUGUCACAACUUAUGAUAUUGUGAUUAGGGCACUCUGUGGGGAAGGUAAUUAUGAUGCGAGUUCCAAUUUAGUAAGUCAGAUGAUAAACUAUGGUGUUGGUCUCACCAGUGCCCUCAGGGAGUUCCUGUUAGAUGCUUAUGGUAACCAAGGUCGUCGUGAGGAGAUUGAAAGAGUUUUUGCUACAAAACCGACGUACUUCCCAUCUUCUAGAUCAUCAGGGCCACCUCGAGGACAAGUUCCAUGGCUUUCACAAAUACCUAGACAAUCAGCAGUAACUUCGCAGGUUCCAGCCCAGCAGACGUCACCACCUUCUUUUUUCGGGGGACAAGGAUCAGCACAAGUGCAAAGUCAGCCUUCAGCUCGUAACUCAUUGUGGCAGCAAAAUUCACCUCCCUCUUUCAUGGGAGGACAAGGAUCACCACAAAUGCAAAGUGCAGCAUAUGCUCCUAGCUCCAUGUCGCAACAAUCUUCAUCGCCUUCUUUCAUGGGAGGACAAGGAUCACCACAAAUGCAAAGUGCAGCAUAUGCUCCUAGCUCCAUGUCGCAACAAUCUUCAUCGCCUUCUUUCAUGGGAGGACAAGGAUCAUCACAAAUGCAAGGCCAGCAGUCAGUGCCUAAUCCAAGGUGGCAACAAACUUCACCACCCUCUUUUGUUUCUGGACAAGGAUCACAUCAAAUGCAAGGUCAGCCUUCACCUUUUGCACAAAAUCCGCAUCAGGCACCAUCACCUUCUUUCACUCAACAAGGAGCUUCACCACCGUCUUUCAUGAAUGGACAAAGAUCACAGCAGAUGCAAGGUCAACAAGGAGCUUCACCACCGUCCUUCAUGGAUGGACAAAGAUCACAGCAGAUGCAAGAUCAGCCAUCAGCUUUUGCAAGAAACGUGCAGCAGUCCUCACCACCUUCUUUUGUGCCACAACAAGGAGCUCCACCACACUCUUUCAUGGCUGGACAAGGAUCACUGCAAAGGCAAGGUCAUCCACCACCUUCAUUCAUGGCACAACAAGGAGAUUCUCACAUGCAAGGUCAGCCAUCAGGUUUCACACAUGUUCCACAAUGGUCAUCUCCAUCCACUUAUAUGGCAGGACAAAGAGGAAACCAUCAAAUGCAAGGUCAGCCAUCAGGUUUCACACAGACUCCACAAAAGGCGUCACCUUAUUCCAUGGACAUACAAAGAGAGUCUGCUCAUACUCCACUAAAUGAAAUCUCACAGGCUUCCCAAUCAUUUAGAGGUGCCCUCGAAAUGCAAGGUCCAGCAUCAGCCUUUACACAAAUACCUAGGCAAAAUAUAAGUCCUCAAGUAACAGAAGAGGCAUCAUCCCGAGGGGACAACAUUGAGCAAUACCCCCAAGUGACAGGCCAAGGGAGAAUGUGAUUUGUGAAGCAUAGUUUCUCUGGCGGGCGUGCUUUUGUUACAGUUAUCUGAUUAGUACUGCAGGAAUAGGAAACCUCCUCUUGAUGGCGCAUGCUGUCACAGUUGAUGCGGCUACGAUCAUGGGUUAAUAUGCAUCAAUAGAAAUCAUUGGCGAAUUUUGUAGAGAAAUUGGUGGGUUUAGGGUGAUUUGGGUUGCUCAUAAGUGAAUACCUGUCCUUGGUGAAAUGAAUUAAAUUGUAAUAUUGCUGAGAAAAUAUUCCUAUUUAUUCUAUAUCUUGUAUUCUGGAAUUUUCCCCUAUCAUAUUAAUAAAAUUAACCUCAUCAAAAAAAAUAUCUCAGUUGUGAUUUUUUUUAAA